AUGAUUGCCGGGUCCACGUACGCAGUGCCGUUCCUCAGCCUGAACGGAGCCAGGCACGUGCGUACUCUUACGCCCUGCCUCAGCGCCGUGCACGAGGCGAUCUUCGGAGAGCCGAUGAAGGAGGCAGUGGGUCCGUAUUGCUGCGCGCAGUUCGUGGUUCAGAACACACAGAUCCAGAAGAGACCCCUUGAGUUCUACCAGCGGAUGAUGCGCAUGGUCGACGGCACGCUGGACUACGACCUCUGUGCCCCAGGAAAGCCAGCGCGAUCGACGCACUGCUACGGCAUGGAGUUCACCUGGCACUUAGUGUUCGGCGAGGCCUACGAUCCGCCGCUGCGGCAGGACGACGUGCGCCUCCCCACCAUCCAGGUUCGGCACGGAACACGUGAAGCGUGA